AUGGGGAAUGUAGAGGAGUACAAGCCGGUGAUGGCAAUGAUGGGGCUGCAACUAUGUUACGCAGGAGUGACUCUUUCUGCAAGAGCUACUUUGGUUAAUGGAACAAUCCCUCGGGUUUUUAUCCUCUACAGGCAACUCUUUGCAACCAUUUUCAUCUUCCCAUUUCUCUACUUCUCAAGAAGAACAAAGAUAUCUUAUUUGGAUCUAAAGAGCUUUUCUUUAAUAUUCAUGGCUUCGCUUUUAGGCAUUACAAUGAAUCAAAAUCUGUAUUGUGAAGGAAUUUACUUAGCUUCAUCGUCCACGGGAAGUGCCAUGUGUAACAUCAUUCCUGCACUAACCUUCCUAAUCUCAUAUCUCGCCGGAUACGAGACGGUGAAUAUCCAGAAUAUCAAAGGCUUAGCGAAGAUAUCAGGAACGGUACUAUGUGUAGUAGGAGCAGUCUCAAUGACUCUGCUUCGUGGACCAAAGAUUCUCAACUCGGAAUAUACUUUACCGAUAGAAAAAUCGUUACUAGGAGAUCAUACGGACCAGAACAUGUGGCUCAUUGGUUGUUUGUGCGUGUUCGCUAGCACGCUUUGCUACUCUUUUUGGCUAACGUUCCAAGUUCCAGUCUCUGCCUAUUACCCGGACCACCUCUCUCUAUCAGCCUGGAUGUGUUUAUUCGGCACGAUACAAUGUGCAGUCAUCACUUUCUUCUUCGAGAAAGACCCAAACGCUUGGAUGCUUCAUUCUUACUCCGAGUUUGCCACGUGUCUCUACGCUGGAGUUACAUCGUCAGCGCUUGCUUUUACGGUCCAAGCUUGGGUUAUAUCUAAGAGAGGUCCUUUGUUCUCAGCAAUGUUUAACCCUCUCUGCACAGUGAUUGUCACAAUCUUGGCUUCUCUGGUCCUUCAAGAAGAGUUAUUCACCGGAAGCUUAAUUGGAGGAUUAUGUGUGAUCAUGGGACUUUAUAUUGUGCUUUGGGGUAAAGCUGAAGAUGUCAUGAUGAAUCAAGAACAAAGAGACAAUUUAAAUAACUCAGAAGUGAAGAUUCAAAUCGAAUAUUCUCCAAGCACAGUAAACUGUAACAGAGAUCUGAAAAAUCCCCUUCUGUCCUAA